GUAGAUGAAAUUACGAUCUUACACCACCUCACUCCUUUCUCUGCUUCGUAUAUAUAAAGCUUCGACGCUCUUCCUUCACCUUCGUACUACUACCAUCUCUCAUUCUCCCUUCAUUAGACGAAAAAAAUGGAAUCAUUUUUGUUCACGUCCGAGUCAGUCAACGAGGGACAUCCCGACAAGCUCUGCGACCAGAUCUCCGACGCGAUCCUCGACGCAUGCCUCGAGCAAGACCCGGAAAGCAAAGUCGCCUGCGAGACGUGCACAAAAACCAACAUGGUCAUGGUCUUCGGCGAGAUCACAACCAAGGCUAACGUCGACUACGAAAAAAUCGUCCGCAAGACUUGCCGCGAGAUCGGUUUCGUCUCCGCCGACGUCGGCCUAGACGCCGAUAACUGCAAGGUCCUCGUCAACAUCGAGCAGCAGAGCCCCGACAUCGCGCAAGGCGUCCACGGCCACCUCACCAAGAAACCCGAGGAGGUCGGAGCCGGUGAUCAAGGUCACAUGUUCGGUUACGCCACGGACGAGACUCCUGAGCUUAUGCCUUUAAGCCAUGUCCUCGCUACCAAGCUUGGAGCGAAGCUUACUGAGGUUCGUAAGAACGGGACUUGCGCGUGGUUGAGACCAGACGGUAAGACGCAAGUCACCGUUGAGUAUUUGAACGAGGGCGGAGCUAUGGUCCCUGUCCGCGUCCACACUGUUUUGAUCUCGACGCAGCACGACGAGACCGUGACUAACGAUGAGAUCGCGGCUGAUCUCAAGGAGCAUGUGAUUACUCCGGUGAUCCCGGAGAAGUACCUUGACGAUAACACCAUCUUCCAUCUCAACCCGUCUGGUCGUUUUGUGAUCGGUGGUCCCCACGGUGACGCUGGACUUACCGGGCGUAAGAUCAUUAUCGACACUUACGGUGGUUGGGGUGCGCACGGAGGUGGUGCUUUCUCUGGAAAGGACCCGACCAAGGUGGACAGGAGUGGAGCCUACAUUGUGAGACAAGCUGCUAAGAGCAUUGUGGCGAGUGGGCUCGCGAGGAGGUGUAUUGUGCAAGUUUCGUACGCCAUUGGUGUCCCUGAGCCCUUGUCUGUGUUCGUGGACAGCUAUGGAACCGGGAAGAUUCCAGAUAAGGAGAUUUUGGAGAUUGUGAAGGAGAGUUUUGAUUUUAGGCCAGGGAUGAUAUCUAUCAACUUGGAUUUGAAGAGAGGUGGUAAUGGUAGGUUCUUGAAGACUGCUGCUUAUGGUCACUUUGGAAGGGACGAUGCUGAUUUCACCUGGGAGGUUGUGAAGCCACUCAAGUCUAACAAGGUUCAAGCUUGAGAACCUGAACCAAUCUCAGGUUUAUGUUUCACGUCUCUCAGGAAAAAAAAUCUGAGAAACUGGGAAUUUAUAUUAUUGUUCUUAUUACUAUUACGUUAUUGUUGUGGUGAGAAAAGUUAAAAAUCAUAUUUUGUAUUUCUUGUUUGUAUUGAGCAGAUAAUUUUGUUAAAGAAUAUAUUCAAUACUA